UACCAGCGGGACAGUGUGAACUUAGGAACUGCAACGGGGAGGGACAGAUGCAAGGUUGCAGUCCAGUCUGCAUUAUGUUCAUCUGUUCAUAACUGUUCCACUGCUACAUUCAUACGCUGCUGAGGCAGGUGGUCUUUUCGGAUGGUGCCGUGCGUUGUCUCCAAAAGCGGACCUGUGGAACAUUAGCAUCCGAGCAACUGAAGCCCACUGAACUGAUUACCGUCCAUUCAAGUCAGGAAAUGGAGGACAAUCAAUAAAUGUACAUUAACUUGUCAUCGGACCAACCAGGAAUGACCUGUCUUUUACCAUUGUAAAAGCUUCUUCUUGACAGCUUCUUCUACACAGCCAUAAUUCAGAAUUCUUUCAACUGUUCUUUUGGGUGGGUUUUCUCCUGGCCACAUCCAAAAUGUCUGAGGCUGACUUCCAGAGACUUGAGAUGUUGUACCAGAUCCUGCACAAGGACCCCUCCUGCAACCAUUCCCACCUGACCUUCCAUAACACCAGCAUGGUAUACAAUCUGGACUUCCCUGGCGAUGGCUCCCACUGGCUGCGCGCCAUCAUCUCCGUGGUGUACUGUGCCGUGGCCACCGGCGGACUGCUGGGCAAUCUUCUCGUGCUGUACCUUCUCUGCUCCACCCGGACCAUCGUCAAGAGUGCCAUCAACUUCUUUGUGUUCAACCUGGCCCUGGCUGACUUGCUACUCUCCGUGGCGCUGCCGUUCUGGGCAGUAGACAUCACCCUGGACUACAACUGGCCUUUUGGUUUGGCCAUGUGCAAGGCCGUGUCCCUCCUGACGGGCCUCAAUGUCUACGCCAGUUGCUUCUUCCUGAUGGCCAUGAGCUUGACCCGCUACUGUUCAGUGGCUACUGCACUCAAGCCCGCUGCACCACUCGGUCACAAGCUUUGUGAUUCCCGGGUAACUACCGCACUUAUAUGGGCCGGGGCACUGGUGGCUGCUGCACCGCGUGCCGUGUUCGCCGAUCUCAACAGAGUAGGCAUGGCCAAUGACACUGCAUGUCUGCUCCGCUUCCCUAAAGGUACGAAUUGGCUGGCUGUCAACCAACUCCUGAGGCUUCUGUUUGGCUUCCUGUUGCCCUACUUCAUCAUGAUCCUCUCCUACCUGCUCCUGCUGCGCUUCCUCUGCCGGCACAAGCUGAACGGUGUCAACCCACAGCGACAGGCUCAUGUCUCCAAGUCCGUGGCAGUUGUGGUGCUCUCCUUCUGCACCUGCUGGUUCCCGUAUAACGUGCUAACUCUCUGGAGUGCGCUGAUCCAACUGGAUCUAACAGAAAUCAGUCCCUCCUACUACUUUGUCCAGACCUACCUCUUCCCCUUGGCCAACUGUCUGGCCUUCACCAGUUGCUGCCUCAACCCUGUCAUCUACUGCCUCAUUCGCAGGGAGUACCGCAAGGCCCUGCGCACCCUGGUCUUGAAGUCAAGUCUCGCAAUCGCUUCCAAAGCCUGCCUCUCGGCAGUCAACUCCAAUGAGGGCCAGAACCGCGAUGGACAGCUGGGCAUCCCGCUCAACAAUAUGGAAAGCCACACGGCCCAGUCUUACACCAAGAGGUCAGCACUGCCCUCUACCACUCUAUCGCUGGGUCCCAGUCCCAAGGGCCUCUGUCCACUCAAUGACCUCACCUGAGGAGGAUAUCGCUGAACCUCAGAAAUAGAUUAAUUAAAGCUUCAAUUCAAUUGUGUUGGUGUUUUCGCAUGGGUAUGACAAAGAUUUUUUUCCUUUACCAAAAACAAAGUUGUAUCUAUAUUAUGAGACAAAUGCCUUGUUGCCUUUUGCAUUAACACGACAAGGGUGUGGAUUUUUGUGAACAUCAUCAGGACAUUCCUUCUUAUUGGCAUUCAAAUUAUGCAUUGUGUUGUUUUCUAUAGUUUGUGGGAUCAUUUCUUAAAUUAAACUUAAUUAUUGCAAGGGAAAGCAAAUCAAAUUUCAAAUCAAAUUAGGAAACAAGUUAACAACUUGUUAUUGCAUCUUAUUUUGAGAUGGAGUGUAAAAUUAAUUAUUGAGACAAAAUCUUUAGGUAUUCAGCCCCCAAAAAACUGAAACGACACUAUAUAUAUAAAAGUAUGUGGACACCCCUUCAAAUUAGUGGAUUCGGCUAUUUCAGCCACACCUGUUACGGACAGCUGUAUAAAAAAUCGAGCACCCAGCCAUGCAAUCUCCAUAGACAAACAUUGGCUGUGGAAUGGCCUUACUGAAGAGCUCAGUGACUUUUAACGUGGCACUGUCAUAGG